CUUUUAAUUUGAAAAGUCUCCCGGAAAUACUCUUGUAGCUGCUUUCGCGGUUUUGAGUGGCGGUUCAUGAACAAGGAAAAACCAACACUUGCUGAUUUUUUAAUUUAAAAUCAAUACUUUUGGAAGACCAAAACUCUUAAGAGAUGUUUUAUCACAUCUCUUUGGAGCAUGAGAUUCUCCUCCAUCCACGAUACUUUGGACCGAAUCUUCUGAACACAGUCAAACAGAAGCUGUUCACCGAGGUGGAGGGAACAUGUACUGGGAAGUAUGGCUUUGUUAUUGCAGUGACCACAAUCGAUAAUAUUGGGGCCGGUGUUAUCCAGCCUGGCAGAGGUUUUGUGUUGUAUCCCGUCAAAUACAAAGCCAUCGUGUUUCGUCCCUUUAAGGGAGAAGUUGUGGAUGCUGUUGUCACACAGGUUAACAAAGUUGGACUCUUUACAGAAAUUGGCCCCAUGUCUUGUUUCAUUUCUCGUCAUUCUAUCCCCUCCGAGAUGGAGUUCGACCCAAACUCAAAUCCUCCAUGCUAUAAGACAGUCGAUGAGGACAUUGUGAUCCAACAAGAUGAUGAAAUUCGACUGAAGAUUGUGGGAACUCGAGUGGAUAAAAAUGAUAUUUUUGCCAUUGGAUCUCUCAUGGAUGACUACCUGGGUCUUGUGAGCUGAUUCUUAUACCAAGAAUAUGGGAAGUAUGAAAUGCUGUGGUGAUGCUAAAUAGUUUGUAUAUACUGUAAUUAUAUACUGUAAUGCCUUUUUUCUUUCUCUUGUUUUAUUGUCAUUUUUAUGCCCAUGUUAGUAUAUCCAUAGUUUUUCCAUGGUAACAGUUGAAUUGUGAAACAGCAUAAAGUCACAUUGUAACAAACUGUAGUUCAGCAGUGGCUCUGUGUGAUGAAAGACUUUCAACUGUUUGAUUUAAAGAGAUGCAGCAGAGAAAAGAGUCAGUAUCUUCAGUUGGGCUCUUCUGAAAGACCCUGUGAGCAAAACCAGUUCACAAGCGUGUUAUUAGAAGACCAAAGUAAUCAUUCAUCACUUUAUUACAUAAGGUCAUUUUUAAGCUAUUUUUGGAAAUGCCAGCCAGUGUGUACUUGAAUAUCUUUCUUUUGUAAUACAACACUCUCUAAAAAUGUG